GUGUUUGUGAUGAACUGAACUUUGAGUGUAAAACAUAUGAAAUGUAAACAAAUUAUUUAAAUAUUGGAUUCAAUUAAAAGCCAAUCAAUAGCCGAAGACAUUAUCACCAAAAUGGGAGCCAUUAUGUCGCUAUCCAUCUCUCCGUUGUCUCCGAUCCUGCAGUUCACGGCUCUGUCGGUGGUGUCGGCCAUCUUCGCGCUGAUGACUCCCUUCACGAAAGUCGAGGAAUCGUUUGCAAUGCAAUCCAUUCACGACUUCAUAUAUCUCUCCAACUCCUCGAAUCUGAUCCAAUUGGUGGCCAAUCUGGUCGACCCCAACACUUACGACAACUACUCGGACGCCGACCACCUCUUCCGACGGCUCCUCAACACGAGUUCGACCGCCGCUCAGAGUUGGGACCACAAGGACUUCCCCGGUGUAGUCCACCGAACAUUUUUGGGCCCUUUCUUCAUAUCAAUGCUGUCGAAGCCCUUCUCGUACUUCUUUCAGUCGGACGACAAGUUCUACGUCCAGACCGUCUCCCGCGUGGCUCUACUUCUUGUGGUGAUCGCCAGCUUCUCGGCGUUCGGCCGUUCCGUGCAGUCGCGCUACGGGUCUACCACUCGUCGGGCGCUGUCUGUCCUCACUCUGACUCAGUUCCACUUCUUGUUCUACGCGUCGCGAUGUCUGCCCAACACCUUCGCCCUCAUCGCAGUCCUCAUAGCCUUCGCCAAGUGGUUGGACAAGAAGUGGAAUCAAUUCAUUUUCGUCGUCGCCUUCACUGUCCUCGUGCUGCGCGUCGAGACGGCCAUCCUCUUCGCGUGGAUCACUCUUUACGAGCUGUUCGUCACCCGAGAGCUCCACUUCCGGCGUCUCCUCAAAGUCGGCAUUCCUUCCGGUCUCGUCUCUCUCGCCAUAACCGUCGCCUUCGACUCGUACGUGUGGGCGCGACCCGUAUGGCCCGAAGGCGACGCCAUUCGGUUCAACAUUUACGAGAACCGAUCGCACGAGUGGGGAACGCAGCCCUUCUUGUGGUACUUCUAUUCAGCGCUUCCGCGAGCGAUGCUUUUGACAGUGAUUUUCGUGCCGUUUUGCUGCCGCGAAAUGCUGAAGACUUUGGCCACCGUUUCGCUCCUCUUUCUGCUCUCGUAUUCCUUUCUUCCGCACAAAGAGUUGCGUUUCAUUAUAUACGUCAUUCCUCUGCUGAACGCCUGCGCCGCCAAUACCAUCGCGGUCGUCAUCGAGAAGUUCGAGGAUUCGGUGACCAAAAAGAGCGAGUCCUUCCUCGUCGCCAAACUCUGGCACUUCUUGUGGCCCAACGACUCGAGCGCUUCCAACGGGUCGCUCGUCAAAGACGAGAACAAGUACGACGCCAUUCCGGCCAACAAUAAGCAUCUGCGGCGCCGCGGGAAGCACUCCGUCGAAGACGACUUGGACCAGCAGUACGAGAAGAUAACGGCCGCUCAGCUCCAGAACAGCAGCGACAAGUGCGCGGCGCCCAACGGCUGGUGUAUGACUCUGGCCUUCAUCGUGAUGGCGAUCCACGUCUGGUGCAAUGUGGCCGCCACUGUCUUCAUGACUCUGACGGCGUGGCACAACUACCCGGGUGGAGAGGCCGUGUCGUGGCUCAACCGCCACAUCACGACAGUGGACAGUUACCACGAGCGCCACACCAUCGGCGUCUACGUGUGCAAUCUGGCGGCGCAGACGGGCUUCACGCGCUUCCUCGAGUUGGAGGCCGUCUAUUACGACAAACAGCCGAAACUCGUGGACGAGACGUUCGUUCGCUUCGGAGUGACGUAUUUGGUGCUCGAGAAGUCGGACGUCCAGAGCCUGCAGUCGCGCUGCUCGGGCUCGGGCGCCGACGUCUCGUGUCAUAUCGGACGCCACAUCCGCAACUGCCGCUUCCUCAAGUCCGUCACCGGAUUCAAUGGACUCGACUUCUCGCUCUCCAAACAAGUGGUCAUAAAGACGGCGCCAAUGCUGUGGAUAUUCCGGUGCCAGAAGUGACACCUUUUUGGCGACCUUUCAUGCAUUCGUGUAUUGGAAAAGCAUUGAUUUCUUAGCAAUUGAGUGACAAUUAUGUUUACAAUCAUUACUCGAAUCAAAUAUUUUUCAAUAUCCUGUCAAAGAGUGUGUGUUUUUGAUCUCAAUUUCAGUCAUAAUUUAAUAUAUUUGUGAUAAUAUUCAGAGUUUUGUCGUAUUUAUGACU